AGGUGGCUGACAUCCCCCAGAAAAAGACUGCACUUUCCUAUAUAUCUACUGUACUCACAGAAGGAAGCUUGCUAUGGUGCGAAGCAGGGAGAGAGCUGACGUCCCAGAGAUCCUGCCUCUAGGAUUUGCGUGUUUAAAGGAGUUGCUCCUCACCUUUGCUGCAAACGCAGCCUGCAAGUGCAGGAUCUGAAAGGGCUGGAAAGAGCAGCAACUACCAAAAGUUCUUGCAAAAUGCAACCCCUUCGUUUCGACACUGAAACCUCACUAGGAGUGUUGGUAAUGGACUAUGGAUGGCUUUGUGUAGACCACUGCUCAGUCUUUGCAAACUGGGGAAGUACUUAUUCCCAGGCCUCAUGAACAGGAGAGAGAGCAAAGUUUUGAAACAGAAGCUAUGCUGAUGCUUCCUUGUUUUGAAUGGGCUGGGUUUCUUCUCGUGCAUGUGUUUCCUUCUAUGAUCAGUCACGUCACAUAUUACAUUUCUGCCAAUCACCACUAAGGGACGAAAUCUGCUCGAAAGAAUUUAUGAAGCUUUUUUCUUUUUCUUUUCUUUUUGGGGUAAAAAUAAUAAUCAGGCAAGCAUUUUUUUGGUACGCCAAAACUUGACCAUGUCUUCUGAGGAGUGCGUUAUCCUAGAUGUGGAGUUGGAUGGCUUCAUUCUUUGCAACACCUCUUCUGCUCAACAUGCAAAUCUGUCCCUCUUGGAUGAGGACUUGUUUUACUAUCGGUUCCUGUAUGCAAUUCCGACCAUUUAUGGGAUCAUCAUCUUGAUAGGACUCGUCGGCAAUGUUACGCUGAUCAAAAUCUUCUGCACCGUGAAGUCCAUGAGGAACGUCCCCAACUUGUUCAUCUCAAGCUUGGCUUUUGGAGAUUUGCUUCUUUUGCUCACCUGUGUUCCUGUGGAUGCCAGCAGGUACCUGUCUGCUGAAUGGCUGUUUGGUCGGGUUGGAUGUAAACUUAUCCCUUUCAUACAGCUGACUUCGGUGGGGGUGUCCGUCUUCACCCUCAUGGCUCUCUCUGCUGACAGGUAAGCAGCUGUGCCUAAAAGUCUUCUUGAGGUUCAUAUAGUAUGGUGUGUUAAAAACCCAAGGAUCAAAUUUGGUUUUGGAGUAUGGUUGAAAUUAUGUCUUUCUCCUCCCUCUGAAAAGUUUACAAUAAAGAGCCAAAAUCAUAAUACUGGGUUGCUUAAAAUCUAUACCUAAAGCUAUAUGGGUGAGACAUGACAAAAUAGCUACCUUUUCCAAAGUGGAAACUUGCUGUACCCUUCACCUUCAGUGUUCUUAAUAUGCUUAGCCCUAAUUAAACUACUUUUAUUUUGUGCUUUUUUAAAAAAAUCAGUGGGGGAAAAAUUAAAAACAAAUAUGGGUCAAGGGAACUGGGAUGUCAUUAUUCAUACCAUAAGUAGACCCAUGUUAUUUCAUCAGCUAUUUCAUUUCAUUUGGGCUAUUUCCUUCCACAUAAAUUGAUUUAGAAUCCAUUACAUUUAACAGGUGUUGAGUGGAAAGUUAUAGAGUUGCAGUUAUCUAUCUUUCUGCAAAUUGCUUUCCUCUACAUUUUAGGAACCUGAUGAGAAAACUGUUCAUAGAGGAAAGAGCUAAAACCUUUACUACAUUGUUAAACCCUAUUUCUACAAGCAUUCAGAAUGUAUGUUGCAAAAUGAAAUGUAGCAGACUUUAUGUGCCAAACGUCUUUAUUGAUUCUGCAGACUGUAAAAUCCUCUCGUGUGAUCUGUACUGGAGAUUUCCUACACAGACCUGUUGUCUAUGACAGAACUUUGCAGAUAAUCAGGUCUGCACAAUUCUAUAGCUAGCAAGGUCCUUCUACAAACAGGGUGAGUUUUACUGAAUGAACAGAAACAACACUAUGUUAUGAACCUCACUGAGCAUUUCCCUAGUAAAGAAAAUGAAUUGCCCUCUCAUUCACCGCCACAACCAACCUGGUAUUCUGCAUACAUACACACACAGCAAAUAAGAGAACCCUUUGCUACACAACAAUAAUAAAGGUAUGUUCAAUGAAACAAUAAUUGUAGAAAUCAUUCCUGAAUAGGACUUACCUGUAUUUCUGAAUAGGCAUGCAUAGGAUUGCACUAUAAAUUAAUGAAUCCCCUAGAAUAGGCUCUUCACAGGAACACAGCUCAGUUUGUUACGGCAUGGUGCUGAUAAUGGCCAGGUUGCAGGUUCCAUCCCCAUAUGGGACAGCUGCAUAUUCCUGCAUUGCAGGGGGUUGGACUAGAUGAUCCUCAGGGUCCCUUCCAUCUCUACAAGUCUAUGAGUCUAUGGUUCUAUUGCUGUCUCAUCUGCUUUUACUGUUGCAAGGGACUUGGUUUGUUUGCUCAAUUACUCAUCCCGAGUUAUCUGUUUGGGGGGGGGGUAUCUGCCUGUUCUUUGCUUGUGGUACAGCGGUCUGGCUGUGUGUAUUAAAUCUAUAGGACAGGGGCGGGCAACCUGUGGACCUCCCACUGUUGGACCCCAGCUCCCAUCAGCUCCAUUCAGCAUGGCCAGCAGGCAGCAUUGUAUUCCAGCAAACUCUCUUAAGCAGCUCCAUUGACAGGAGGAAGCUGUGAGAGGGUUUCAGCUAUGAUAUUUUGAAGGGCUGUCAUCAGAAGUCACUUCCCUCCUAAAAACUCACAGAAUAAUGCUACUGUCUUUCUAUUGUUUUUAAAACUGGGCUCUGCAUAAUCCUAGCAUGUGAGCUGUAGACAUCCUGUCAUGGCUCUUGCAUCUCAAAAACAACUUGCGAAUCAAACAGAUUCUUGUAUUUCGGGAGGCGGAGAUUCCCUUAGGAUAUUUGUUUUUAUCUGGUGAAAGUCCAGCAAGGUUGCCUGGCACAGCCUUGACAGAAGGGGGGUAGUCCAAGGCCAGAGGUGGAAAGAAAGCUCCCCUCUCCUGUGGGUGAUCCGUGUUGUCAGAGAACUGUCAGCAACGGUGCAUGCUCCCCCACCCUCACCUGAGGGAUGGAUAAAGCCCCCCCCCGGCACCUUAUUCUGCAUGCAAAGAAUUAUCCAAAAGGAUAGGACAUGCGCUAAAACCACUUUUUGUGCAUGGAUCACCCUAGAGGCAAAUGAGCAAAGCAUAUACUUCACAUGAGAAAAAAAAAGCUAAGAGAUUCAACUUUUCAGUCCAGGAAAGAAAUAUGUAAAGGGAAAGAUGAGAGGAGCUGUAAAAUCCUGUAUUAACUGAGUCAGACCAUUGGCUCAUUCAUUCAUUCAUUCAUUCAAUUUCAUAAAAUUUAUAAGUAAAGGUAAAGGGACCCCUGACCAUUAAGUCCAGUUGUGACCGACUCUGGGGUUGCAGCGCUCAUCUCGCUUUAUUGGCCGAGGGAGCCGGCGUACAGCUUCCGGGUAAUGUGGCCAGCAUGACUAAGCUGCUUCUGACGAACCAGAGCAGCGCACAGAAAUGCCGUUUACCUUCCCGCCGGAGUGGUACCUAUUUAUCUACUUGCAGUUGACGCGCUUUCGAACUGCUAGGUUGGCAGGAGCAGGGACCGAGCAACGGGAGCUCACCCCGUCGCAGGGAUUCAAACCGCCGACCUUCUGAUCGGCAAGUCCUAGGCUCUGUGCUUUAACCCACAGUGCCACCUGUGUCCCUAUAAAAUUUAUACACCAUUGUUAAAAACAAACAAACACACACUCAUACCUCAAAAGCCUCAGACCACCUGGCUCAGUAUUGUCUACAGUCACCAGCAAUGGCUCGCAAGGAUUUCAGAGAAGGAUUUCUCCCAGCUUCUGGGAGAGAUGCUGGGGGUGAAACCUGGGACCCCUUGUGCACAAAGCAGAUGCUGUACCACUGAGCGACAGCCCCUCCCCAUUAAUAUUCCACAUAGACCGUUAGAACUAAAGGAAAGUCAGGGAAAUUGAGACAAGUAGAUGUGCAACCGACGUCUGAAGCAAAAAUGGCUAAAGGUAUUAUCAAAAACACCAAUAGCCCCAGUGAUGUACUGGAGCAGGAAUGGUGGGUUCAUGGGAGGAGCGGCAGCAGGAUCUGCAGGAGCAAUAUUUACCAGUGUUGUAAGCCUGGCUUGAGGGCCGUGGGUGGUGCUGUGGGUUAAACUACAGAGCAUAGGGCUUGCCGAUCAGAAGGUCGGCGGUUUGAAUCCCCGCGACGGGGUGAGCUCCCAUUUCUCGGUCCCUGCUCCUGCCAACCUAGCAGUUCAAAAGCACCACAGAAAGUGCAAGUAGAUAAAUAGGUACUGCUCCGGCGGGAAGGUAAACAGCGUUUUUGUGCGCUGCUCUAGUUCACCAGAAGCGGCUUAGUCAUGCUGGCCACAUGACCCGGAAGCUGUACGCCGGCUCCCUCGGCCAAGAAAGUGAGAUGAGCACCGCAGCCCCAGAGUAUCUGAAGUGUUUCAAGUGCUGUGAGGCCAAUAAUUUAUCGGGAUGUGGGGAGAGGGAAGGAACACAUUUUGCAAAUAUCUAGUGCACAAAUGGUGCUGAUUAAGAUUUCUGAAAGAGGUACACAGCCCAUCCAGAGAUCAUUGUCCAGGCUUUGAACACCCAGCUUUGCACAAGAAAUCCCCCCCGAGUCCUGACAGAUAAAUGCUUUGUACUGUGUCAACAUGAAAAAUGGUGGUUACCUGAUCAGGAGGGAGCAGGCGUGCAUGAACUCAGUCACUCUCUCUCCUCUCAGCAGGUGCAAGAGCCACCUGUUUCAUAGUGGACACACAGCAGAGAAUCAAUAUUGUGAAGCUGUAAAAAUGUCUAGGAGUUUGCCUUUUCAAGCUGAUACCAAUUUGAUUGCUUCCUGCUUCUGAAUUACAAGAAUAGUUAUUAAUUCUCCAGGGUUUUGUUUGUUUUUUUAAAGGUCUCCAUUGCUAAUCUGCCGGUCUGUACAUGUGUUGCAUGUAUACAGCACAUGUGGGAAACUACAACCCACAUGUAUACGUUCAGCUGGGGGAAUCAGCUUGGCAGGUAGGCAAAGCAUGACAUCACCCUCCACCCUACACUCCGGCAGUGCAGUACAUUGGCAGGGUUCAAACUGUUGGCCUGUCAGACCAGAACUUGGCAGUGAAGCUCAUUGGUUGACCUUGGACCAGGUGCACGCUCUCUGCUUAAUCCACCUCACAGGGCUGUGGUGAAAAGAACCAUGCACACUGCACUGAGCUCAGUGGAAAUAAGGUGAUACAUAAAAGCAGUAACAGACCCUCCAAGUGUCCCUACUUUCCAGGUAGAGUCCCAGAUCUACAGAAGCCAUCCUGGUUUUUGAUUUGAUCCUGGAAUGUCCCACUUUUUCUUAGGACAUCCCUGUUUUCAUCAAAGAAAUGUUGGAGGAUAUGGAAUAGGCUGCCCCAACCCUCACUUUUUUUCCACAUGGCACUCACCCGAACGCAGUUCCGGCAUUUCCCAGGUGGGUGCCACUGGCAUUUUAAGAGAAUGAGGAAGGUGUUCCUGGUGAAUUCUGGCUUUUCUUCUUCUAGACUGGGCACCCCUAUUUUCAUCGGAGGAAUGUUGGAAGGUAUGGAUAGAAUGUCCCUAAUUCCCCUGGAGAAAUGUUGGAGGGUAUGAGUAAUAUUAACUGUCUACCAAAAGCCAUCAAAACUUCUUGGGCAAAUGCCCUCCUAUAAAAUGAAGCAAUACAAAACACCAAACCAAUACAAAACAAUACAAAACACCAAACAGUCUCUCCUAUGUGUGCAUACACAAUACAGUGGUACCUCGGGUUACAUACGCUUCAAGUUACAGACUCUACAGUUAAGAACUUUGCUUCAGGAUAAGAACAGAAAUCGUGCUCCGGCGGCGCGGCAGCAGCAGGAGGCCCCAUUAGCUAAAGUGGUGUUUCAGGUUAAGAACAGUUUCAGGUUAAGAAUGGACCUCUGGAACGAAUUAAGUACGUAACCAGAGGUACCACUGUAAUUAGAAAGGCAGCUGGACUGCUCUCCUAGAAAGUUGUUUCCUGGAGAUUGCUUCUGAAUAGGGCCUAGCCUAUCGUACUCUGUGCCUCGUGUGUGUAUAUAGCUAGAUAUGGUGAAUCCACAGAAUCUUAAACAUCCUGGGUUGCUUGCCACUCUGUCAAUACAGCAGAAGACUUCAUUACAUCCCUGUUUACAGUGCGCAUUUCUUCAGCUCCCUUGCCCAUCUCCGCCAUGCAGUGCAAACAGCCAGAGAUGCUGAGUGAGAGGAGAUGGUUCAAGUGCAGCAAACUCAGAGCUGUUAUGAGCAGCACGUUUAUCCACGACCAAAGCAAAGGGCGUUUGGUGAGGUCAGCCAAAGGGCUGCAGUGGUUGCAGCUUGCUAGGAAGGGAAAAAAAUAUUUAAGAAUGAGAAACAGGUACAAUUAUAUGGGCACCGGGUGUUGUUUGUAGGUGCCUAUCAAUCCUGAUUAUGAGCUGGAGCUUCACUGCACCAGAUAAGUACUGAAUGGAAUUGCAACACAUUGUCUUGUUCCUCAUAAAAUAUACCAGCUGGAGAAAGAUGAUGAUGAUGAGUGGUAGCAUUAGCAUCAAUAUUAUUAUAAACUUGAUUUAUAAUUCCUCCCUUCAUCAAAUGGUCCCGAGGCAGGAUACACAUGCAGAAGAACAAAGUUCUAAAUGCAAAAUAAAACAACAACCCAACAGUAGCAAGGUGCAAAUUAAGAAUGCCUUGUGCACAAACAAUAUUACAUAAGCAAUAUAUAACAACAGCUAAAACUGAACAAGAUACAGAUAAACAGCAAGUGAUAGCUAAAGAAGCAUAUUAAAGACCGGGGCAAAGGAGGUGUGUCUUUAACCAUCAUCAAAAGGUAAACAAUGUCAAUAUCAGAGACAUCUUGGAGGAAAGGCCUUUCCAAAGAUGCGGUGCCACCACUGAGAAGGUCCUAUCGCUCACCAAUGCUCCCUGUGUUUCAGCAGGUGGUGGGACAGCAGUAAGGGGCUUCUGUGUUGGCUAUUUCAACACUGGCUUGCUCAGGAAGCUGUGCAAAAGGACAUAAUUUAAGACUGGGGUUGUCAUAGAACAUGCCUACUACCACUACAAUAUUAUUAUUACAUUAUUAAUAUUACAUUUACCCCAAAACCUCAGAUUCUUUAGCCACUUCUCUACAUCUGCUCUUGAGCAUCUUGAGCAGGCAUAGGUAAACUCAACCCUCCAGAUGUUUUGGGACUACAACUCCCAUCACCCCUAGCUAACAGGACACCAAAUGCCCAAAUAUUGGCCAGGUAGAAGCAAUCUGUGGCAGCAGCCCUGAUGGCAGCAGCCAGCACAGUCCCUCAAAAAGGGGGGAAGGUGGUGCAGAAUCUGCUGGAUCCUGUGUGGACCCUGCUGCCAUUAUGUUACAGCAGCAGUCCCCACUGGGCCUUUUUGCUCCGCUGGACAGCUCCGCUGGGUAGAGCAUGGUGCUGAUAACAUCAAGGUUGCAGUUCAAUACCCAUAUGGGACAGCUGCAUUUUCCUGCAUUUCAGGGGGUGGGGUUAGAAUCAGUGAUGGUCAAACUUGGCCCGCCAGCUGUUUUGGGACUACGACUAGCUACGACAUCAUCCCUAGCUAACAGGAUCAGUGGUCAGGGAUGAUGGAAAUUGUAGUCCCAAAACAGAUGAAGGGCCAAGUUUGGCCAUCUCUGGGUUACAUGAUCCUCAGUAUCCCUUCCAACUCUACAAUUCUAUGAAACCUGGGCUGUGAAUUUGACACUGGCUGUGCUGCUCCGUCAGACCAUAGCGGACUGGAGGUUAGGAUUACCUCCUGAGUUAGCGGCAUGGAAGAAGGGAUCUGAACUCUACCUCCAAACUACCGGAACAUAUGGUCCUCACCAUAGGAGCCAACUCCUAGGGACCAAAGUCCCUUUGCCUUACCCCUAAUAACAUAUUUGAGGGAGCCAACCCCUUCCCCACCAAGUUGAUGGGCAUUGCCAUUCAAAUGGUGUGUGUGUGCCACAUCUUGUGACCAGGUUGGCACCCCUGGUCCUUGCUGAUCGGUAGUUCCUGAGAACAGAAGGACCAAUCACAGGGCAGAGGAAGAUAAAGGCAAGCCUAAAUGCUGUUUCACACAGUUCCUUGCAUAAAUGCCUCAAUGAAUCUGCACCUCUCAUUUCUAUAUAAUUGUACCUCGUUAGGAACUCUGAUUCUUGUUUAGAUCAAUCAUGGCAGCAGUGGGCAGUUUUCUGUGCUUUGUAUUCUCUCCAGCUCCAACUGGGAACAUAGGGCGAAUUUCCUUUUCAGCACAUCUGUCUAUGUUCUGCGUAAGAAAAUGACAUAUCAAACUAAAUCACUAGCAGUUAAGUCAUUAAGGAAAAUAAUCCCUCUGAAAAGGCUUUAAAUAGCACAUUGCAGCAGCCCACUGACAGAGUGAAUGGAAACACAUCAGAUUGUUGAACAUUGUGCUCCCUGAGCCACUUAUGGAAUAAUAACCCUAUAAUUAUAGAAAUUAAUUAUUUCUGGCCAAAAAGCGCUAGAAAUACGAGGAGUGGUGAAAAUAAGGAUCUACAAAACAUGAGCAGCUGACAUGUUGCAGUUACCCGUAAGGAUGUGUCUACCUGGCAUGUGUUUCUUCGUAAGGUGAUACCAUCUCAUUUUUACAUUGUUGAACACUUAAAUAUAUAAUUCUUAAAAAUCUGUUUGUAACCCUCUACACACAGACUUCCCUGGAAAAAAGCCCCAAGGACUAAACAUUGGAAAAAAUUAAAAUUAUCACAAAAUAUUACAAUACUAUAAUAUGAUAGACACUUAUCUUUUGUUUCUUUGUUAUGUGCUAUGUAUUGUUUUAUACUAUACUGAUAUUUGUAUACUAAAAACAUUAUUGCAUGGGGGAUCCAUAGAAAAAUUCAGAUUUAAAUAUGAAUUUAAAUAAAUAUUUUGCAUUUUAUCACUAAAUAUUUCAGUGUGGAUUCCUCCCCCCCUUCAUGUAUGCAUUUCUAAAACAUUUUAUCCCAAAAUGACAUGCCUUACACAUUUGGGUACAUUUCCUUGAGCCUAGAGCUGCAUUGCAAAAUUCGGAGAAGUGCAAAACCUGCAGGCUAGUUCUGUAUAUCACCUCUAGGAGGUGUGAAUUAAGUCAGCUUGCUUAAAAAUGCAGGCCAAACAAAAUUCUUUUGCAUCCCUGGUGGCAGGCUUCAGGCAAGCAUCUCUGCAAGAUACUGUUUUUGAUAUUCAGUGUCCACAUCCUGCACCAUGUUUGUGGGCACUCGUGAUUGGAUGUUCAUGGGCAGAAUGGCUAUAUCAGCAGACCUUUUGAAGGGUGAAGGGAAUUCAAAGAUGUCCACGGAAUUCAAAUUAGAAACACUGAAAGAACAUCACUUGCUUAAAUUACUGCAUGUAGCUCAGUUGGUAGGGCAUGAGACUUGGGUGAAGCUGAUAUCCCAUUGUUGCUCCAGAAAUUUCCCCAUCUCUGUGUCCCAUUGUUUUCUCUUAUUUUUAUCGAAUUCUUGCCCGUUUUCCAUGGAGUUGUUCUCCCCUUCCUUUUGCUGCACCCUAUCUUCUAUCAAUUAAAUCACAACUACAAUUGGUAAAGGUAAAUGGACCCCUGACCAUUAGGUCCAGUCGUGUCCGACUCUGGGGUUGCAGUGCUCAUCUCGCUUUAUUGGCCAAGGGAGCCAGCGUACAGCUUCCGGGUCAUGUGGCCAGCAUGACUAAGCCACUUCUGGUGAACCAGAGCAGUGCAUGGACAUGCCGUUUACCUUCCCACCGGAGCGGUACCUAUUUAUUUACUUGCACUUUGAUGUGCUUUCAAACUGCUAGGUUGGCAGGAGCAGGGACCGAGCAAUGGGAGCUCACCCCGUCGCAGGGAUUCGAACCGUGACCUUCUGAUCGGCAAGUCCUAGGCUCUGUGGUUUAACCCACAGCGCCACCCGCGUCCCUACAACUACAAUAUUAUAACCUAAUUACUUCUGUUGCUCAUAUCUCAAAUCCUGCUCACGAAUUCAUCAUACUAUAAUAUUUUUUAAAAUGUUCUGAAAAAGGGCAUCCAUUCUUCCAACCUUUUGUACUUUUCGAAGCACGAGGAAAUCUGGACCAAACUCACCAUAAGGUUAUCCUGUAUUAUCAGCUGAUAGCGGUGGCUGUACUGGAUGAGAAGGGUCUGUACGAUCAAAUAAAUAAGGAACUUAACGAAGUCACAAGUAGUUCUUUUCCAUUCGCAGGGAUAUAUUUUUGUAUGCGACAUCGCUCAAGAUGACAUUUCUCUCCAGUAAUGCAAAUGUUUGUAGCCCACUCUCCUGUUCUAGGAAACAUUUGGAUCAUAAUGUUUAUAACUGCAUACCUGCAUCAGUCUUCCACUGUGUUCUUGCCUUUCCAGGUAAACAGUAACCUGGAAAAAAGCAUUUAUCAUGGUAGCAACUUCCAAUCUGUAGAAUUUCUAGUAGUACAAGCUUUCUCUCUUUAAAUAACAUACACACACACAAAAGCACACAGGCAGAUGAACACCCCGCUUCUGCUAAGGUCCUACAAGAAUAAUAUUAAUGGAUUUACUGAAUAGAUUACAUAUUUUUUUUAAUUGAGGCCAACUCAAGCCAUCUCCAAGGGAACCUGUGUCUGACCUUUUAAAAAGAGCAGGACGUUGAGUCCUGGAUAUUAAUUGCUGAUAAUGUUGGACUGUGAGUUUUCAGAGGCCACUUGUUUGUGGGUUCUGUGCAGAACAUUUGCUGCACUUAUUAGCUCACAUUGCUUGGGACUGAGAUUGGAUUAAUCACUCUGCUAAAUAUGCUAAGAGAGAAGAGCAGCCUUGCUAAAUGAGGCUCAUGCUCUUGGCAGUACCACUAUGUGGAGUGGCAUAUUUCUGUCCAUCUCUCUGUCUCUUUAGGGAUGUGUGUCUGCACACAUGAAAAACUGGAAGAGAGCAGGGUCUCACACAUUGGACAGAGGCAUCCUGGUUCCCGGCUUGAUAUUUGCUGCAUAUUUCUUCAGAUAUUCUGUUUCUCCAUGGGGAGAAUGUUUCAUGAUAAAUGUUUCAUGAUAUUUACUAGUAGCUUCUCACAAUUCCCAAAUAUUAUUUGGGAUAUUCUAAGGGUUGUGAGUCCUUUGAGAUUCAUAACUCAAAGAAUCUGUCUUAAGUUUUAGAUUAUUAUAAUUUAUAUAAAAAUGAAGCCCCAUGAAUGAUAGUGUUGGAAUUUGCUUUAUUUAGCAGGAUGCCAGGGGAAAAUAGGGUUCUUCAGGACCCAAAUGUGGUUUCCCAAGUGCUGUUGUUUAGUCGUUUAGUCGUGUCCGACUCUUCGUGACCCCAUGGACCAGGCACUCCUGUCUUCCACUGCCUCCCGCAGUUUGGUCAGGCUCAUGUUUGUAGCUUCAAGAACACUGUCCAAUCAUCUUGUCCUCUGUCGUCCCCUUCUCCUUGUGCCCUCUAUCGUUCCCAACAUCAGGGUCUUUUCCAGGGAGUCUUCUCUUCUCAUGAGGUGGCCAAAGUAUUGGAGCCUCAGCUUCACGAUCUGUCCUUCCAGUGAGCACUCAGGGCUAAUUUCCUGAAGAAUGGAUGCGUUUGAUCUUCUUGCAGUCCAUGGGACUCUCAAGAGUCUCCUCCAGCACCAUAAUUCAAAAGCAUCAAUUCUUUGGCGAUCAGCCUUCUUUAUGGUCCAGCUCUCACUUCUAUACAUCACUACUUUGAAAACCAUGGCUUUAAUUAUACGGACCUUUGUUGGCAAGGUGAUGUCUCUGCUGGUUUCCCAAGUAAAUCCCACCAAUUAGUUACCAUCUCAAUGCAUCUACUGUAUAUCAGGGAUUUAAGCUGCCAUAAAUUCUGAUGGUAAAUAAUAAAAACAUGCACAUGGAACUAGGGAACAGAACCAGAAGUGUAGCUUCAAAGGUUGUACAGCACCUCACAUGAAACAUUUCAGAUGAGUUUGGGCUGUUUAUCUGCUUGGUUGCAGGUUUCUCAUAAUGUUCUUUGUUAGCCUCUGCAAGGAUUCCAGCAAUUACACUUCUCUAUCUACUAUAAGUUUCUCCAGCUCCAUAUUUGCCCAUCGUCAUUCUUGACUAGCUACGCUUUAUGUCACUGUGAACUAAAUCAGUUACUAUAGCAACUUCUUUGUCUUGGUCCAGGUAACUAGGAACGUACUCACUUAAGCCAUUAACUUCCAGAGUGACUCACCUGGGCAUUUUUCUCUUUUCUACAAGCUGAUUUUGGCAACCACUGUUGCUUUCACCCUGAGGUGAUUGCAACCAUAAUUUUCCUUGUAGGAAGAAAGUGGCUGGAGGUGGAUUCAGACUAGCUUAUAUUACUGUCCACCCAUGCAAAUCCACCCUCAGUUUCAAAAUCAGUGCCAAGACAAACAAUCAUACUUGUAGGUAGUGGCUAACUGAAGAUGAACUGCUGGAUCUUUUUAAGAUGCGUUGUAAAAAUUCAGCAUGUCUCCAAAAUUCUAUUAUCCCAAAAUCAUACUAAAACCUGGGAUGUAUUAUUGUUUUAUUUGGUUAUUUGUAUGUUUGGCUGGGAACAGACCACUUCCAAACUUUUCACUCAGUUGAUGUUAACUCCCAGAUAUCUGAUUAGAUUUCUGAAACUAACGCAGGAAAGAGCAGUUAUUAAAAUGCAUUUAAGAUGUGAUAUUAACUGAAAGAGGUGCAGGACAGAAUUGACUCAGGAACUGGGUAAGAUUAUAUUACCAAAGCAGCCUUUUUUGCUCAUGUUUCCUCUGAGCUAAACAGUAGCUAUUGCAGAGCUUUCUGAAUAUUUCUUAUAAGGGUCAUCCCCAUACUGUCCACCUGCAUCUCAGCUGGAGUUCUGGAGAAAGACUUUUUAAGUAAUUGAACCAAUUGUCUGACUAGUACAAAAGCACUGAACACACACAAAAAUUAUCUAAUUCGGGAGAACUGAUUAAAGGUUGUUAAAAUCUAACCACCCAUACAUUGUGGUCUUUCAGACAAUUCGUGGUUAGUACUGAUGAGCUGAGUGGCUUUGCCCCAUUGCUGAGGAGUAUGGAAAUAGGCAGAAAAAUUUGAUGCUUAUGAUUGAUACUUGAUGAUCCACUAGGGCUCCCACUAUUCAUCUUGUACACAGGCAGUAGCAAUGGGUGGGGUGCUGCUGCUUACCUGGCCAUGGAGUACCAGGAGGGCAAGUGAAGUGGUGGUGAGCUUGGUGUGGUGGAAACACAUUGGCAGAGCCAAUCCAGUGUUUCUCCUGGUGUGUUUGCACCACACCAAUCUCGCUGCUGCCUUGCUCUUUCUCUUUGCCCUCCCAGUACACCACAGGAACAGCAGUGAUGGAAGGUCAGGUAAGCACCCCUGCCUUAUCAACAACUGCAGCACACAGGUCCCUUCAACUUAACAGACCAGUCCUGGGCCAAAUGUUACUAUUGAAGGUGCUUAUGUGUAGAUCAUCAUAUUCCUUUCUGCUGGUCAAUGAACAUGUUUGUUAAUUCUGGGCUUCCAUACGAAAUGCACACACAUAGCAAAUAAUCUACUAAAAUGGGAGGGAGAGCAAGGCAGAAAGCACAACUAUUUUAUUUUUUAAAAGCAGCUAUUCAGUAAUUACACAUCAAGCAAUAACAUAAUUGCUUUUUAACCUUUUUGGCUCAGUUGGGAAGUGUACAAGCAACAGAAGUCUCCCCACUGAAUUAAAAUUAAAAAUCUGGAUUAAGCAGCAGUGAGUAUGAUCGAGCCAAAGUUAAACACUUUUAUGCCCCAUGGGAGACAUUGAAUGAGUGCUUGACUCUCCCACUCACAUUAAUUUUCUUAAGAAUGUGCUUAUCUUGAUCAAAUAGUAACAGCCUUCUAGAGCAAACACAAAUGAGAUCUGUUCCACACAUGCAAUUUGACAUCACAGAUAAUUGUUUACAUAAAUUAGUUGAUUUGAACAAAAAUAGGAAUGCACUAGGGGUGGGGAAUUAAGUGCCAUGUUUUAUCAUAAAAUAGUAAAGGAGCCCAAUGAACUGAAAGGAUAUAUCCAGGUGUUUAUGGUAGCAGUCCUUAAAAAUGACAUUUUGUGUAGCCAUACAUCAUUAAUUAGCAACUGGAAAAAUACCACUUGUUCAGUGUCUUAUUGAGCUGCAUCCUGGGUUGGGAAGGUAUAAUACUGUAAGGGAAGAGAAUAAAUUCCAAAAGCACAUGGAAUGUGAGCUAUCAUUCUGCCCAUUAAAGGUGAGUGAAUCGUCUGGUGGUAGCAGCUGAUGAACGGGUUUCCUAGUCCAGAGAUGGGGAUCCUGAAGUUCUGCAGAAGUUGUUGGACACACAUCAGCUUCAGUCAGCUUGGUCAAUAGUCAGAAAUUCUGCAUUCUCACAGUGCUGCUGAAUGAGGAAGGCUCUCCCUCCAAGCACUUGGAGAGAAAGGAAGCUUUCGUACCUUAAUAAUUCCACAGCAAAACCCAGCAGUUCCAACUAACAAACUGCUUCACCAGCCACCACUGUCUGCUAGUCACAGUGGAGAUUAAUCAGUUCAAAGAUUCUGCUGUUUUUCAUUCAUAGGCUAAAGCUACAGACUGCAGGAGAACAUUAGGUUUCUGCUCAGAAUGAUAUCCUGUGAUGUGACAUAACUGUGUUGUGUGUUUCUUUGCCUACUGCCUGCAAGCGGCAGCCAAUGAUACAAAAGAGUCAGGGAAAUUUACACAGAAUCAUAGAACUGUAGAGUUGGAAGGGACCUCAGGUGUCAUCAAGGCCAACCCCCUGCAAUGCAGGAAUUUCAACUAAAGCAUCCAUGGCAGAUGGCCAUCCAACCUCUGCUUAAAAACCUCCAAGGAAGGAGAGUUCACCACCUCCCAACGGUGUCCACUGCAUUGUUGAACAGCUCUUACCAUCAGAAAGUUCUUUCUGAGAACCUACUUUCUUGUAACUUGAAUCCAUUGGUCUGAGUCCUACCCUCCAGAGCAGGAGAAAAUAAUCUUGCUCCAUCUUCCAUGUGAUAACCCUUGAGAUAUUUUCUCUUAUGUCAAUAAUGCUUGUCCCUUCCACCUGAAUAACUAGAUCAGUCAGAUUUCCAUUCCCCCAGUGAAAUCUUGUGCAUCAUAAGUGGUAUCAAACACUGAAGCAUCUCCUCCAGAAAACAUUGGAUAUUAAUUCAACAUGAAGGUACAGGGAUUUUGACUUUUCUCAGCAGGAGUUCUGGCCUUCUUGAAUGAUACAGUCAUUAACUUUGGGAAAGCGAACUAAGGCAAAAAAAGACACAAUUACAAGGGAUAAAUUAGAUAUGAUUUUCAUUGUUUGAAUGCAAUUAAAAUGCUUGUUCCUUCUUUUUUAAAAAAAUGUCAGUAGCAGCUGUACAGGGGUCAAGUAAGAAGGUAAGGAAGGGAAGUUUAACACCCCAUCCCACUGUGGUCUAGAUUAAAAUUACGCUCCCAUCUGAAGCUGCUCUUUGCAUCAGGAAGGAAACCUCCACUGCACCAAAGGAGGCUUUUCUCCCUGGUGCAAAGUGCAAGACAGCAGAGGAGGGACUUUUGUCCAAUCUAUGGUAGAUUUGUACAAAGAGGUACAGAAUCAGCAACACUGGGCACAGGGAGAAAUCCCUCCAGGAAAUGUAGCCAAACUAAACACAAGAUGGACUGGCACUUUCAGCUGCUGUCACUCUGAAUGUUAUGUGCUGUCCUCCUUUCUGUUCUCAUCAAAAGGAGCCCCUUAUGAAUGCUAUUUAUAGACAUAUUAAUGCCCACAUUAAUGAAAAGGAAUCAAUGUCAUGGGCAAUCAUUUUGCAGGCUGAACUAUUUUCCCUAAAAGUUUAACAUUUUUCAAAAUAGCUAUCAGCCAUGUCACACAGGCAAAUCCUCACCAUCACAGAUUCAGACCCACUGUUUCUAUGUGUGUUGGAAGCUGCCCAGAGUGGCUGGGGAAACUCAGCUAGAUGGGUGGGGUAUAAAUAAUAAAAUUAUUAUUAUUAUUACUACUGGGAAUGGGGGAAGGGAAGAGUAUAAUCCAGUUUUUAUGGCCAAACAUAUUUUCUCAUGUGAAUAAGGUGCUAAUCAAGGCACGUUUGACCCAGUAGGUUCAUCCUUAUGGUUAGUAACAUAAUUAUUUCUCUUGUCCUUAGGUAUAGAGCUAUAGUGAGACCAAUGGACAUUCAAGCUUCCCACGCCCUGAUGAAGAUUUGUUUGAAAGCUAUCAUGAUCUGGAUUUUAUCUAUGCUGCUUGCCAUUCCUGAAGCUGUGUUUUCAGACUUGCGACCUUUCUAUGACAAAGGCACUAACAAAACAUUCAUCAGUUGUACACCCUACCCACUGACCAAUGAGCUGCAUCCAAAAAUUCAAUCCAUGGCUUCCUUUCUCAUCUUUUACAUAAUUCCCCUGUCUGUUAUUUCAGUAUACUAUUAUUUCAUUGCCAAAAACCUGAUACGGAGUGCUUACAACCUACCGGUGGAAGGAAAUGUCCAUGUUAGAAAACAGGUAUGUCUUAUUUUGUUUGCAAGUAAUAACUACCCAAAGCCAAAGUGGGAAUGGCAUUUCAUUACAAAUAAAGAGAAAGGUGUUUCAAAGGCUCCAUUGAGCAAAGAGGUAUGGACAAAUUACGGUACAUUGCAGCUUGUCAUUUGUGUAUAUUUCAUGAGUGGGAGUCUCAGUUCCUUCUCGUUUGUCCUUGUUUAUUUACAGCUCUAAUGACUUUAAGUAUUUGGAGUUCAAAGACUGUUUCUAUAAAGCAAUUCCAUAAAUACAUUCAUGUGGAAAAGUCAUGUGAGGAUUAAGUACGUAACAUUUCUGGGGAAGGACUCAAUAACCAGCACCUUUGUUUCCAGUCCACCUGAUUGGGUCAUGCCUCCAAGAAGGAUAUGGAUAACAAAUCCUAGUGACCUUUGCAAACAUCAAACGUUGGAAGGGUCACAGGAUCCCCACCCCUGCUAUAUACUCACUGGAGAGUUAGCCCCAUUGAAUGCAGUUGGCCCUUACCUCUGAGUAAACAUGCAUAGGAUUGCAUUUUAAAUUGUGCAUUAACUAGAAAAAAUUUGGGGUGAAAUAAAUGUAUCACACUGAAUAACUUGUGGGUGUUUUCCAAAAACAACUAAUGCUCUUUAUGUUUUCUAAAUUAUACGAAGCAUUCUUCUUGUAUUUCUUGCUCAUGCUUUAUUCUAUUCUUCCUUCUGCACCUCUGACAAUAACCAUUGAAUAUAUGCAGGGUAAAAAGGAGAAGCAAUAUUUCUCACCAGCUAAGGGAAACAGGAGCCAAGAUUAAGUCUGUAAAACAGUGGUUUCCUCUUUGAGUUUCAGACAGACAGUGCUUUUUGUCUCUUUCAGAAACAAGUAUUGCUUGUUUAUUGCAUUACUGCCUUCAUAAUGUCCAUGCAGGUAGCAGGAGCAACAAGUAUUAAGUUAAGAUUCCACUCCAUAAAGUAUAUAUGAUUUGCCUUCACAGAAAAGUCUAUCACAGAACUUAAUUGUUAGUUUGAUCUUUGAAAAAAAAUUGUUUCUCAGCAGGCCUGUGUCAAUCACCUGUUGUCAACUCCAUACCUUUCAGACUAUGCAACUGAGAGGAAUAAAAGAUCUGAAGUGACAGUGAUAGAUGACAAUGGCGGUACUGUUGCUGGCUUGCCUCUUUCAAGGUGGAACAGCUGCUUUUCUGAGAGGCUAAGCUCAUUACUUGUUGACUGAUUCUUUUGUGAGAUAUAGUCAUGCUCUCUAGAUUUCUCCAUGUCUGUCAGUGUCGAGAUACAGAAAGUUGAAAUGAAAAUCCUGGCCAGAUUGCACCCCACUGAAUAGAAUUGCUGGGAUUGAAUGAAACUGCUGGGCUAGAUCCGGCGUUGGUACAAGUGUUGGGAUGGAGCUGCCCUCCUGAAAUUGGUUUUACCAUUCCUUACCCAGAUGAGGCUGAGUUGGGCAAUGGCAGCAGUGAGCUCAGAGUUCUGUGGCCACAACACCAAUCUGGUGGUCCUACCAGUGCAACCUCACACCCACCCAGCCUCAGUCCCAUCUAGGUAAGAAGCUGCAGUGCUGGUGCUGUGAGAGUGACUCCAGCCUAUGCCACAUGCCACUACUGAAUAAAUCCACAGGAGUGUAUGGCCAGAAGCAGAAAUAAUUGCAGGCUGGGUCUGAGCUGAGAAAAGCAUCUUGUGUGGGGCUGGAGCAAGAGUAUAGAUGGGCAGGCAAAAGAACGGGAAAGGAUGUUAGGGUGGUAGAAGACUGGGAGAUGUUCAGGGAGGUAAGGUGUCAGGUAAUACUACUACUACUAAUAAUAAUAAUACCCCACCCAUAAGACUGGGUUGCCGCAGCCACUCUGGGUGGCUAGCAAGACUGAGAAGGUCUGGCUGAUGCCCAGGCCAAUGCCCAGGCCAGAUCUGAAAAUAUUUAUAACCAGGCCAUGUAAAGAGGAACCAAAUGGCUGUCUGCUUAGGGGUCGUCUAGAGGUGGAAUUAUGCUCUGAACUGGAACACUGUCAACGGUGAUAGUGCUGUCCAUCUGCUAGGCAAUGAGGCAUAGGCAGCAGUAUUCUGCGUGUAUCUAUCUGUGGUUUGGGACCAGAAUAUAAAAGAGUGUCUGCCCCAGUUUUGAAGGGGCAUUAGGAUCCAAGUACCUCCCUUGUCAGGACGCGGGUGGUGCUGUGGGUAAAACCUCAGUGCCUAGGGCUUGCCGAUCGCAUGGUAGGCGGGUCGAAUCCCCACGGCGGGGUGAGCUCCCGUCUUUCGGUCCCAGCUCCUGCCCACCUAGCAGUUCGAAAGCACCCCUAAGUGCAAGUAGAUAAAUAGGUACCGCUUUAUAGCGGGAAGGUAAACAGCGUUUCCGUGUGCUGCGCUGGUGCUGGCUCGCCAGAGCAGCUUUGUCACGCUGGCCACGUGACCCGGAAGUGUCUCCGGACAGCGCUGGCCCCCGGCCUCUUAAGUGAGAUGGGCGCACAACCCUAGAGUCGGACACGACUGGCCCGUAGGGGCAGGGAUACCUUUACCUUUACCUACCUCCCUUGUCCACACAUAUUGACUACUUCAGCUCCUGCACAUCCUUUGUUCUGCUGCCCCAACUCACUAGCAAAGAGCAGGAAUUGUGGGGGCAGCAUUGCCAUUUACUCUGCUUUUCAAGAUUCUCAUUUAUGGCACUGUCAAAAACAAAGAACAGGAUUUUCCCUCACAUCUCCAUUUGUUCUCUUUGCAUACUUCAGUUUUUGUGGCUUUUGGGAGCAUGGGAAGCUGUGAUGUCUUGGUAGGACUUAGAUGUGCCCAUUUUCUGUAUUUAACUGAACUGGAAACACCACUGAAAAGUAUGUUUAUGCAUUUCUUGUCCACAGGAUACUUUCCUCACAUAACUAUGACAUGGGAAUUCUGCUCCCUGCAGCAAGGCUCCCCUCUCCUUACAUUUGUACAAAGAUCAAGUUACCAAUGAUGGGACAAACAUGGAUAGAACCAUAGGGCAAUAUGUUCCUUUGCUCUUGGUAUGAAAUAUGGUGUUCCAUAAUGGCAAAUCUUUACUGCUGUACUUCACUGUAUGUAUGCAAGGUGUCAUAAUGCAUUUAACUAGGCCCAUGGAGCUGCAAUCCUUUGCAUUCUUACAUGGAAGUAAGUCCCGUUCAACUCGGGGUCAAGCAAACAUGGAUAGGACUGGACUGUAAACAUAUUGUGGUGCCCGCUCUGUGGAACGCCCUCCCAUCAGAUGUCAAAGAAAUAAACAACUAUCUGACUUUUAGAAGACAUCUGAAGGCAGCCCUGUUUAGGGAAGUUUUUAAUGUUCGAAGUUUUAUUCUGUUUUUAAUGCUCUGUUGAAAGCAGCCCAGAGUGGCUGGGGAAACCCAGCCAGAUGGGCGGGGUACAAAUAAUAAUUUAUUUUUAUUAUUUUUAUUAAUAUUUCAAAUGGAUUUAUUUCAAAAGAAAAUGGAGUUUUAGAAGGGGUGGGAGAAGCAUGACUAUAUUUCAGAGAUUGCUAAACUCAGUGCAGAACAAAAUUACCCUGUCUUCUGUUAAAUUGAAAUAGUUUCCACAUCUUCUAUUGAAUGUUGUUGACCAUGUUGUUCUUUUCAGAUGGAAUCGCGAAAACGCCUAGCCAAGACAGUGCUGGUUUUCGUCUGCAUCUUCGCUUUCUGUUGGCUGCCCAAUCACAUCAUCUACUUAUAUCGAUCGUACCAUUAUUCCGAGGUGGACACAUCCAUUCUGCACUUUAUCACUUCUCUCUGUGCUCGGAUCCUGGCAUUUGCCAACUCUUGCAUUAACCCCUUUGCACUCUACCUGCUCAGCAAAAGUUUCAGGAAACAAUUUAACCACCAGCUUUCAUGUUGCAAAGCCCGCGAGCUCAUGAAGUCCCAGAGCAGAAGCACCAUGCGGAUGGCGUCCCUCAAGAGCUCCAACCAAUCGAUGGUCGUGUUCAGCUUCAUCAAUGGCAACCACCCCUGCCAUGAGGAGAAUGUAUAGGCUGCACCACAGAGACUGAAAACGGUCACAAGAUCUGUGUAGCCAUUGCUGCUUGUUUUGUUUUGUUUGUUUGUUCCUGUACGUAACAAAUGUACAUAAUUGCACAGAGAGGCG